AUGGAUGAAUUUAUUAAAGUAAUUCAAAAACUUAUGUAUGACGAUCUUUCAGAACAUCAAACAAAUCAAGAAAUUGUAGAACUAUGGGAACAAUUUCUGAGUACAAAAAAAACAACUAGUCAUGUUAAAGCUCUACAUAGCAAAUUAAAAGGUGUUGAAAAUCGAUUUGCAUUUGAAACCUAUGUGAAGCAACAAAGAGAUCUUGUAAGAUCUGGAGAAUAUGGAGCUUUGAAAUUCUGCAAUAAUAUAUAUAAGGUUAUACAAUUAGAUUAUGAGGUUCAUCAACGUUGGUAUAUGCAACAUAAUGCAGAAGUUAAUCAUAUUCUACAGCUUGCUACUAACAUCUUCAAAAAGUUGCCAGAAUGUUAUCAUGAUGCUUUAUUAAAUAUUAUGCAAAGUGCUUUGGAAUAUAUUCUUGAAGAUAGCAAAAUAUCGAAGCUACAAAAAGAUUUGAAUAUUUUACAGUAUAAUAAAUUGAAAACUACCAACAUUGAUGAUAUUAUGAACUAUGCUGAAAUUAAAAUGCCUGCAGUCAAGCAUAGCUGUGCUAAUACUGAUAUAGAACUUGAUAUAUUGAUUCCUCAAAAUGCAGUAUUAGAG